AUGGGUUGUACAUCUACUUUCUGUGUUAAUUCAGUUGAUAGAUGCCUGAAAGUAGGUGAAAUGAAGGGUGCACAUAAUCAUCCAUGUACAAGAGAUUUUAUGAUAGUAGACAGCAGCAGACGUUCGUUAACGGAGGAUGAGAAGACUCAAGUAAAUAGUAUGAUUAAAUAUAUGGUGUCAACUUCUGAACUGCGGGACGCAGUAUUCUUGAAAUUCGGAAAAUUUCUAUCUCGAAAGGAUGUAGUAAAAUUGAGAGAAGAAGUGUUUGGAGGUGUGAAAAGUGUGGCUGAAGUUCUACAGCUGUUAUCCUCUUCAGGUGAAGUUCGUACGAAGAGUUCCAAUGGACAGAUUGAUGUUGUAUGUUUCAGCCUGCAACAAAAAAUUAAAUUUUUUCAAAGUUUUCCGGAAGUAAUUUGCAUUGAUUCGACGUACAAAAUCAAUAAGGUUGGUUUCAGUCUGUUCCAGUUAGUCGCCACAGAUGGGUGUGGAAAUGGUGCUUGUGUUAUGUUUGCUUUCUGUCAGAGGGAGACUGUGGUAGAUAUCACGUUUGUCCUCGAAAUGUUUAAAGCCAUAAUGGGAUGUACCAAUGCUACGAGGACAUUUGUCAUGGAUAAUUGUCAGGCGGAAAUCUCCUCGGGUGCAACAAGUGUUUCCACAUUGCAGGAUAGUUCUUUGCUCAUUUCAUGUGCUGCGAGCGUUUGGUCGGAAGUUUCGGAAUAG